CAACCUUCACCUGGUGUCAACUGGACUCUAAUAGUACAAGGAAUUUCUCUUUGAACAAAAUAAUAAUAAAAGAAAUAUGGAUAAUAGUUCAAGUCAGAGCGAAAGUUCUUCAAACAACACUGCUCAACCAAUUAACAACUCUAUUUCGAAUAAAACAACAUCGUAUGAAAACAUCUCUAACAAUAUUAUUCUUUUCAAAUUAGAAGAGGAUGGAUUUACAACUCCUGAUGGAAAGGCAAAAGAACUUAUUAAGGAACUGUCCGAAAUAAAAUAUUUAUAUGCUUUAAAGCUACUAUUUGAAAACCCACUUAAUCGAUUUACUCCUAAAGUUCUUCGAGAUUCUUUGGUUACAUUAGCAGAUCCAAAACCAUUUGAUUAUUAUGACAUACAAAGUGUAACUAGGUUAGAGUUACAUUUACGUACAUGGGUGGCGGUUUUAGAAAAAAUUUGUUUUACACAAAUGCGUUUAAGUAAGGAUCUUCGUAAUAGAAUUUAUAAUUCUUUACCAAAAUUUGUUGAAAUUCAUCGAAAAACAACUCAGGUCAUGCAGGAAGGAAUUGAUAAUAAAUACAUUUCCGAUUUUAAUCAAUUUAAUCAUCGCCAAAUUAAUAAUGAUGAUAGUAUUAAAAAAAGAAAUUAUAACAUUGACUUCUUACUAAUCCACUUGCGAGACACAUUACAUAGUUUGCGUGAUGAUGAGACUUGGUUUCAAGAAAUUAUACGAAGAACUAAAAAUUUGCUUAAAGCUGCGUUGAAUAUUACACCAGGAAUUUUAUCAAUAACAGGAGUUGCUCUUCCAAAUGAUAAUAGUUCAAUCUUAUCAAUGCUUGCUCAUAUACGGGAAAGCUUAAGUUUUAAAUAUCCUGUUGCAUCUUAUUAUGUAGAUUGGAGAAUUAUGCUGAUAAUUCAACAUAACCUUUUUACCUGGUCUUAAAGCCCUGAAAUGAUAAUUAGUAAUAAAUUCUCUGAAUUGGUAUUAAUGGAAUAUCUUUGGAGCUUUUUGGAAAGAGAAUGGAUUAAUGUUACUAAUAAAUCUAUUCUAGAUUCUCAAACAAAAUUUGAUGAAGUAUCAAAUAAAGUUGCUAAAGCUUUAAAAAGUACUGGAAGUUUCUUAAAUGUUCUUGCUGGAAAUGAACCUCUUGCAUUACCGCAUAUUUUAUGGUUCGGAAUAUUAGAUCUUGCACAAUAUCUUGUUCAAAAGUCUACUCGAACUUCUACAUAUGGCCUUUGUUAUUAUUUAGAAAUUGAAUCACUUAAUAAAGCUCCAAGUAGUUUCAUUCAAUUUAAGGCAGUGGAAAUAUUAUUACAUUUACAUCAUAAUAUCAAUAGUCAAAUGUUUUCAAUGAUUGAUGAUGA